AUGUCGAGCAUGUUGAGCAUUCCGCACGAGGAGCUCCCCAUCCUCGAGGCGCUCAUCAACAUCCGCAACAGACUCACAGCAUUGAAAAAGGACAGCUCCGAGUUCAUCCGAUCUCACGACGUCCAGCAACUAUAUCAGCAGGUUAUCAAACAGGUCACCAAGCUCAACGCCGUACGUGACGAACAGCAGGCCAACGCACAGGCUUCGUCCGCCGCUAGCUCCACCUCGGACCAUCACGAGCAGAGCGAUCAAUCGAACCCCAACGGCACCGACGACUCGCCCGUACUCCAGCAAAACCGUGUCGACACCACGCUCAACGACGUCUUUUCGUUGCUCAGUCUCUUCUUCCUCACCAUCGGUCGCAGUCGAGAGAGUCCCGCCACUUUCUCUCAACUCAGCUGUAUGAAGCAAUUGCUCGAUCAUCUGCACGAGUCGGGCAUCUACACCGAAGCCGACCUGCAACCUUUUGGCUCGCGUCUGUCUGAGCUGCGAGAGAUCAUCUGCAGAGACGGUGAGGCGGGUCGUCACCCGCCCCAACUCACCAAGCUCAUGACGCGCAAGCUCGAGGCGUGUGAGAAGAUGGUGCGCAAGCUCGAAGGCACGCUCAAGGUGCUUUCCGUCGAGCUUGUCCCCAUUCAUCAGAAGAUCAUCUCGAUUCGUAGACAGCUCGCCGCGGCAGCAGCCAAACCCAAGCCGGCGCGAGCAGAGAUCAAGCAACUGCAGGAAGAGCUGCGAAAGAUCGACGCGAAGCGCGUCGAUGGCAAGUUCUUGGGUCCCGGUGGCAGUUCCGUCCCCGCUGGUCAAGCGAUCCUCGUUGGUCUUCUAGAGGAAUGCUUCGAGAUCUGCCACGACAUGACGGUGCGAAACGACGAAGUUCCCAUGACGCUGCAGCCCAUCUACGACCGACUCGUCGAGAUCAAGUCGCAGCUCGAGCACCUCGUUCUGACACAUCGAUGGACGCUGCGAGAAACCGAUCUUUGGAACUACCAAGUGACCUUGAAGGAGAUCGACCGAUUGCGGGUCAACGGCAAGUUUGUCGACUCCGAGGGUAAGCAGCCCGAAGGCCAGCUCGUGCUCCUCUACCUGCUGCGUCGAUGCUACGGUCUCAUCUACCGACUCGUGGCGUCGUCGGAGCCCAUUUCCGAAGAGCUCAUGCCCAUCAGCAAUAAGCUGUCCACCGUAUCGAAAUGCCUCAAAGAGGUCUCCAAAUACGGCGGUCCGUUUACCAUGCGCGAUCUGUACCCAUACCGCUUGGCACUGCACCAAAUCGACGGCAUGCGCAGCAAGGUGCUCGACAAGGACGGCAACGACACAGGGGUACGAAAGUGGCUCGGACGUGACGGAAGCGUUCCCGAGGGUCAGGCCAUCUUGCGUGCACAAUACGAAGAGGUGGAGCAGACCAUCGAAGAGAUGCUCAACCGCGAGGAUGACGAUGAUGAUGACGAGGAGGAGGACAUUUGGGACGGCGACACCGCAUCGAGUGCCAGUGAAUCGGGAACAGAGUCGGCUGCGUCGGACAGCGAGGAUGACGGGGAGGGUCCGUCGGCCGACAUGGUUCGCCAGGCGCUGAUGGCCCGGGGAGGACCCAUGAUCGGCAUGGCACCACCAGAUCAACCAGCUACGCAGCCCAAUUCGGCGGUGCCGUCCGCGGCACCAUCGCGAAUGGCGAGCUACGCGAGUAGCUUGCAACGUGGAGACAGCGGAUCUGGCAGUGGGUUCGCGACCAUGACACCCUUGUCGGCAGCAUCGACGGCAGUUCCUAGCGCCUCCGCUGCAGCUGGGCAUGGCAGCGUGUCUAGCUCGAGCACUGCGACGUUGCGUGCCGUGCCUCCAGGCACUCCAGCUGGAACGACGGAGGCUGCCAGCGCUGCACACGUCCCUGCUGCUGGCCCUCCAUUGAUUGCAGCAGCAGACUCGUCCGCAGCGUCGGCAACCUCUUCGACGGCUUCGGCUGUAGUUAGUCCUACGCCGUCCGCUGUCGCUUCCCCAACGGCAUCGCAGAUCCGUUCGCAAAAGAUCGGUCGCGACUUUCGUGACGGCGUGGGCGACCUGACAGGUCUCAGCUCGCGCUCGCCGCCUGUCAAUGUGGCCGAAGGCAAGACUGCUUCGCUCAGCGCACUUGUGCAGGCCACCUCCACGCCACCCCUGUCGGCGUCCAGCGGUACAUCACCUGCGAUCUUGCAGACGCAACCUCCGCAAGAGUUGACUUCCGAGGCUGUUGAGCUUCUACCAGCCGGAGCUGCUCCGCUCGCCAUCCCAACACCGGGCAUCCUUGAGGAUCAGAAACGAUCAGGACCCGGCGUGGGAGCGCAGAUCGAUGCUCUGGCUCAAGGAUUCCAAGGUACGUCGAUCAAUGAUGUCUUGUCGAGCUCUUUCGGCACUGCGGGGACGGCGACGGGUAGCACUGCUACCGACUGA